AUGGUGGUGGUGGAAGACAGAGCAGACGAAGACGAGGACAGAGAGGGAGAAGAGAAGGCAAACCGACUCUUAGAGCAGAAGCAAGCAACGCAAGCAGGACUGCACAGACAGGGUCAUGGACUCAUAGCAGGAGAAAAGAAGAAGAAGAAGAAGAAGAAGAAGAAGAAGAAGAAGAAGAAGAAGAGGGAGUGGAAGAAGCAAGCAAGCAAGCAAGGUGAAGUUCAAGUAAGUCUCAACUGGUGGAGAAUCGCAUUACUUGCUUUGCUUUUAGGCGCUUCUUUUGCUUCUUUUUCCUCUUUCUCUGUAUCUCGUUUGGUCGUCUCUCUCUCUCUUACUCUCUUGUCUAUCAGUCUAUCUCUCGUUGCUGGUGUUGAUGCUGGUGCUGGUGCUGCUGCCAGUGUCUAUCAGUUGCUGGUCAGGGGGUUGGAGGAGUUCCCUUGCCUGUCUCUUCUGCUGCUGCUGCUGCUGCUGCUCUUCUGCUUCUUCCUCUCUGGCGCCUUUUUUUUCCUUUUCUUUGCUUUUUCGUCUCUUUUUUUUUUUUUUGCUUCUUCCACGGCGUAUCAUUCAUUCGAUACCCUUGGGAUCCGCCCGUCUGUCCGUACGUAA